AUGGGAAAAGCGUCGGGGUUGCUUCUGUUUCUCUUAGGUUUUGGUUUCUUUGUUGUUACAUAUAAUCUUCUCACACUCAUAGUCCACAAUAGAUCUGCUGCUGAUGAUUCAGAUGGAAGUACACUUCUAGAUCCUGUUGUUCAGAUGCCUCUAAAUAUUAGAAAGGCUAAGAGUACUCCAGCUCCUUUUCAUGUUGCCUUAACAGCUACUGAUGCACCUUAUAAUAAGUGGCAGUGUCGUAUAAUGUAUUACUGGUAUAAUCAGAAGAAAGCUCUUCCUGGUUCUGACAUGGGAGGCUUUACUCGAAUUUUGCAUUCGGGUAAUCCCGAUAACUUGAUGGAUGAAAUACCGACGUUUGUGGUUGAUCCUCUACCUCCAGGUCUUGAUCGGGGGUAUGUUGUCUUGAAUAGACCAUGGGCAUUCGUGCAGUGGCUUGAAAGAGCUACCAUCAAGGAAGACUAUGUGCUGAUGGCAGAGCCUGAUCAUAUAUUUGUUAAUCCCCUUCCCAAUUUGGCUGUUGGAGGAUAUCCAGCCGCUUUUCCGUUUUUCUAUAUUACUCCUGAAAAGUACGAAAACAUAGUCAGAAAGUAUUAUCCAGCGGACAUGGGCCCUGUGACAAAUAUCGAUCCCAUUGGCAACUCUCCUGUUAUUAUAAGCAAGGAAUCACUUGAAAAGAUUGCUCCUACAUGGAUGAAUGUCUCGCUGACAAUGAAAAACGAUCCAGAUACUGAUAAGGCAUUUGGAUGGGUGCUGGAAAUGUACGGUUACGCAAUCGCCUCUGCUUUGCAUGGGGUGCGGCACAUACUACGGAAGGAUUUCAUGCUUCAGCCUCCAUGGGAUUUGUCCACCAAGGGGAAGUUUAUCAUCCAUUACACAUAUGGAUGCGACUACAACAUGAAGGGGGAGCUGACAUAUGGUAAAAUAGGAGAGUGGCGAUUUGAUAAGAGAUCACAUCUGCGAGGUCCUCCUCCGAAGAACAUUUCCAUGCCUCCUCGCGGUGCUCCGGAAAGUGUGAUAGCAACUUCAUACGCAAAAAUGGGUAUCCUAAUUCUGAUGUAG